GUAGUGGCUGUGCCUUGGCGCUGCUGCUGCUGCUGCUGCAUGGAGGGGAGGCGGGCGCAGUGGUCCUGCUGCUGGGGCUGACCAGGCAAGAAGGCAGGCAGGCAGGCAGGCAGGAGGGAGCUUCUUCCCCUUCUCCCUGGGGCUGGCUGGCUGGCCCUUGGGGGUCUCCCUCUCCGCCCAAUGGAUCCGCCUCCCCUCUAUGUGAUGCUCUCCUGCCUGGUGCCUCUCCACUGGUGGCUGGCUGCAGGCAGAGGAGCCAGAGCCCAAGAGCUCCUCCUGUCUGGGAAACUAAGUAAUAUGGUGUGAUUGUGCCCUCAGUGAAGAUUACCAGGGACGUUUCUCUCGCAUGUGGGGUCUGGCUCAGUCAGCAAGAAGGGGGAAACUCUUCAUCCUUCUGCUCCUCCGCCUCGCUCAGAUCGGCGCAGGUGGGUCCGCAGACCCCUAUGAAACCAAAUGCCGGGGAAUCACUUGCACUACUUCAAUGUUACUGUUUUUGGCAAAGAACUGCUUCGUCUGAAGCCCAACAGGCGACUGGUGUCGGGUGCUUUUUCUGAGUGGCAAGAGGACUUCCAAAAGAUCUUACAGGAACCCCUGCAGCGGGAGUGCGUUUCAGGAGGAGUCUCGGGUAGGCCAGGUGCCAAGGUGGCCAUCAGCAAUUGUGUGGGAUUGGCAGGUCUGAUUCGAACAGACAGUGGUGAGUUCUUUAUUGAGCCCCUGGAGCGAGGACAAUGGGAGAAGGAAAAGAAUGGGAGAGCUCAUAUAGUCUACCGCAGGUCUGCCAUCAAACAAGAGGCAGCAGAAGCAUUCAAAGCCCAUCAUAAUGAAGUUCCAGGCUUUAACUUAGGUCAACUUCCAAACAGUCUGAAUGUGAUUGAAGACCAGGUUAGUGAAGCAGAUCGGAAGAGACGCCAUGCCAAGAAAGAUGACUACAAUAUCGAGGUUUUGCUGGCAGUGGAUGAUUCAGUUGUACGAUUCCAUGGGAAGGAGCAUGUCCAGAAUUACGUCCUCACCCUCAUGAACAUAGUAGAUGAAAUUUACCAUGAUGAAUCACUGGGAGUCCACAUCAACAUUGUCCUGGUUAGGAUGAUCAUGGUGGGAUACAGACAGUCAAUCAGUUUAAUAGAGCGAGGGAAUCCAUCUAGAAGCUUGGAGCAGGUCUGCCGGUGGGCUCAUUCUCAGCAACGCUCAGAUCCUGAACACGUGGAAUACCAUGAUCAUGCUGUGUUCCUCACCAGGCAAGAUUUUGGUCCCGCAGGUAUGCAAGGAUAUGCUCCUGUCACAGGCAUGUGCCACCCUCUGCGCAGUUGCACCCUCAACCAUGAAGAUGGGUUCUCCUCUGCAUUUGUAGUUGCUCAUGAGACUGGACAUGUAUUAGGCAUGGAACAUGAUGGCCAAGGUAACCGAUGUGCUGAUGAGACCAGUAUGGGGAGUAUUAUGGCACCACUGGUACAAGCGGCGUUCCACCGUUACCACUGGUCCCGGUGUAGCAAGCAGGAGUUGAACCGUUAUAUACAUUCUUAUGACUGCCUCUUAGAUGAUCCCUUUGAGCACAACUGGCCCAAGCUGCCAGAGCUGCCAGGAAUCAAUUACUCUAUGGAUGAGCAAUGCCGCUUUGACUUUGGUGUGGGCUACAAAACAUGUACAGCUUUUAGAACUUUUGACCCUUGCAAGCAACUGUGGUGCAGUCAUCCAGACAAUCCUUACUUCUGUAAAACAAAGAAAGGACCACCCUUAGAUGGAACUGAGUGUGCAUCAGGCAAGUGGUGUUUCAAGGGUCACUGCAUCUGGAAGACUUCAGAACAACCUUACAGCCAGGAUGGCAGCUGGAGUUCCUGGUCCAAAUUUGGUUCCUGCUCCAGGACUUGUGGGGGUGGGGUACGCUCUCGCAGCAGGAACUGCAACAAUCCACCACCAGCCUAUGGAGGCCGUCAUUGCCCAGGUGCCACUUAUGAGUAUCAGGUCUGUAAUACUGAGGAGUGUCGGGGUCCCUAUGAAGAUUUUCGUGCCCAGCAAUGUUCCAAGCGAAAUUCCUAUUACACUCACCAAAACUCUAAGCAUACUUGGCUUCCUUAUGAACACCAUGAUGAUGCUCAGAAGUGCGAGCUGAUAUGCCAGUCUGAGGAAACUGGAGAUGUGGUAUUUAUGAAUCAAGUUGUUCACGAUGGCACCAGGUGCAGCUAUAGAGACCCCUACAGUGUUUGUGUGAGGGGGGAGUGUGUGCAUGUUGGUUGUGACAAAGAAAUUGGCUCUCUGAAGCAGGAUGACAAGUGUGGCGUUUGUGGAGGUGACAACUCCCAUUGCCGGACAGUGAAGGGGACUUUGGUCAAAUCACCAAAGCAAGCUGUCGGUGCUUUAAAAAUGUUUGAGAUUCCUGCAGGCGCCAGACAUGUUCAGAUUGAGGAGAUGGAGCCUGCUCCCCAUACACUUGCUGUUAAGAACCAAGCUUCUGGCAACUUCACUAACAACAAAGGCAAGGAUGUCAAGAGCAACACCUUUCGAAAGGGCCUGGAAUGGGAUACAGUUGAAAAUGGCAAGGAAAGCUUGAAAACCAGUGGGCCACUACAUGAAGCCAUCAGCAUCCUGUUCAUCCCUUUUUGUUUGAUUCCGGUUAUUCCACAAGAAGAUGAUUCCAAGAGCAGCUUGAUGUAUAAGUACAUCAUCCAUGAAGAUCUCCUUCCUGUCAUCGGAAACAACAACGUCCUGCUCGAAGAAAUGGACACUUACGAGUGGGCUCUUAAGAGUGCUGCUCAGUGUUCUAAAGCUUGUGGAGGAGGAAUACAAUACACAAAAUACGGCUGUCGAAGGAAGAGUGAUAACCGAAUGGUACAUCGGAACUUCUGUGAUAAUGGAAAGAAACCAAAGCCAAUCCGCAGAAGAUGUAAUAUGCAAGAGUGUUCUCAACCAAUCUGGGGAGCAGAAGAAUGGGGCGCCUGCAGCAAGUCCUGUGGCAAGUUGGGAGUCCAGAUCAGAGUGGUUCAGUGCAUCCAGCAUCUACACAAUGGCACAAACCGGACAGUGCACACAAAGUACUGUGCAGGAGACAAACCAGAUACUCGUCGGCCCUGCAGUCGCAUCCCAUGCCCUGCCCAGUGGCGGACAGGUGCCUGGUCCCAGUGCUCUGUAAGCUGUGGAGAAGGCAUUCAACAGCGUCAGGUGGUCUGUAAAUCCAAUGACAACAGCAUUGGUCAGUGUGAGAGCAACAAGCCAGAGACCAUCCAGGUUUGCAAAAUGACAGCAUGCCCAGGAAAGCUACCAAGUGCAAAUGGAGACACCGGUGAUCAUGUGACUCCUAAAGUACAAUGGGUGCCUCAAGAAAGUGCCAAAAAUCCUGUCAGCAAGAUAUCAUCAAAGGAGCCUUGCCUUGGAGACAAGUCCAUAUUCUGCCAGAUGGAAGUCCUGGCUCGCUACUGCUCCAUCCCUGGCUAUAACAAACUCUGCUGUGAAUCUUGUAGCAAAAAAGUUACGACUGGUCAGCCUCCCAGCAGUGACCAAGGUGCUUCUGAGACUGGGACACAUGGGGGUGCUGUCCUUCCCAGCCCCUUUCCACAACUACAGUUCCACCCCACUGUCAUGAGUCAGCUGCAAAGGAUAAAGGGUACUUCUCUGAAACAGACAGAGGUAGCCCAAGGUCUGCUGGGCACCCUUGCUGGUUCAACAGCCUGUCAGGUUAAGACUGCUUCCCAGCCUCGGGGCAGUCCCAACAAUGGCACUUCAAAAGCUGGUGUGUCACGACUUCUACCUCCUCUUCGGCAGGCCAUCGCAGGAUGGAGUGCUGAGGACCUUCAGAGCAGCCCAGUGUUCCCAUGGCUCCCUGCUGUCUUGGACAAUCCUUUAGCUGCAUCACAAAAAGAAAGCGAGUCUCCUCUUCUUUCUCAAGUCAUGGCAGGACAGAGAAAGGACAGUGCAGUGGGGCCUAUGAAGCCAGCUCCCAAUCUCAGGACCUCCUCCCCUGUCGUGACAUGAGUGGGAGCUUCUUUUUCCAGAACCUUCUGUUCUCUCUCUCUCUCCUGUUCUCCUUCUCCACAGUUUACAUCGGGCAGAGCUGCAACGUUCCUGGGCCCCUUUUGGAAAGAGAAGGAGAACCCAUUUCAAAUACAACCAUGUUCAUUUGUUAGCAACAACAACAAUUUUAUUUGAUGGCACUUUUAUUUAAAAAACAAAACAAAACAAAUGCAAAGAGUUGCAGCAACAGCUGUUCUGUUGUAAAUGAGCUGCCAAGAGCAUUUGAAUGCACAGUGCUUUUGUAGCCCAGGUUAGAUUACCUCAGAGUGUAGCUUGAACCAGCAGGGCUUUUUCUUCCAGGGUGCUAAUAACAGGUUUAUUUAUUUUUACGGUCAUGCAAUAAGUCAAAGGAAACAAAGCAACCAACCCUUAACCUGAGGACUUUGGGUCUCUAUCCCCGCCCCAACUCUACAGUUUCCACCAUUUGCUUCUGCUGCCACUGUUCAGCCAUCCUGAGCAUGGUGGAUUCUGAAAUGGUGCUGCAUGUUACUUCUAGUCUGAUGGUGGAUGUUGAGCCUGGUGUGUCAGGCCAUGCAGGCUAAAGUUUCUCAUGUAGGAGAGUGAUGAGGAGAUCUAGUUUAGAGAGCAGGAAAGGUGUGCAUGGUUUGGACUAAUGGCUCCUGAGCUAGUGACACAGCAUCCUUGCAUUGCUCAGCUGGUGUGUCAAGUCUCUUGGGGGAAGGGUUUGUUUUGAUUCCACAGCUGACACUGAAUGUGUCUUGGGCUGUGUAUGAACAAGCAACACCUCUCUGUCUGAAACUUGUGUUCUCAUUUUGUGGCAGUGCCACUUGCCAGCCAUAAGUAAGGAGUAUAUAGGAGCAUAGGGCUAAAUCCAAUUUUAGUCCCAACUACAGACCCAUUAAUAUUCAACAUGAAUGCAAGUAGCAUUACUUUCAAAGGAUUUAUUCUAUCUAGGACUAAAUUUGAAUUUAGCUCAUUCUUAUCUUACCCUUGUUGUGUCAAACUAAAUCUCAUCUCUCCUGGACUGGGCCACCUAGGAGCAAUGAGUGAUGGUUAUAGCCAUUUGUUUAAUCCCAGCAUCUGGUUGUCAUCAAGGAUGACCCUGUCAGUGAAGCAGCAACUUCUGGCAGUAUAAUUUGUUAGUCAUUAACUUUGUAAUGUUAUGGUAUUGUUACAGUAUUUUAACUGCCAGGGGUGAGGAAAGAUGCUAGUGGGAUGUUCUGCUUCCUGUGCCAAAACAACAUAGCUGGUGUCAGCUACUAUGCACCAGUGUUUUGGGUGAGCUACUUGCUGGUCUUUCUUAGGUAGCCAGCUGUCUUGAGUUAGCCCUGGCAGUCAGCACCAUGCUGCACUGGAAAAGGGGAGACAUGUACAGUGGGCCCUCAGUAUUCAAAAGGGAUCCAUUCCGGACCCCCCUCCCUCCAGCAGAUACAAAAAUCUGUGCAUACUCAAGUCCCAUAGUACUCAAUGAUGGUGUGGCCAUGUGGCUGUGCCACCAUUGAGAACAAUGGCAUUUUGCCCCCUCCACCCCCUCACUGCAGCGGGGAGUACUUCCUCCUCUCCCCCGUUGCCAUUGUCAUGGUUUUUUCUCCUCCUACUCCUUCUAUUUCCUACCUCCUCCUUUCUCCUCUUCUUACCCCACCUCCUCCACUCUCCUCCUCCUUUUACCUCCUCCAUCACCCUGCUGCUGCUCACCCUCCUCUUCCUCUCCUCCUCCUCCUCUCCACUUUUCCUCCUUCUUCCUCUUAACUCAUCUCCUCCACCUUCCUCCUCUUCCUCUUCUUGCUUCUUCCUCCUCCUUUUCCUUUUCCCUGCCUCCUCCUCUUCCUCUUACCUCCUCUGUUGCCCUGCUGCUGCUUGUCUUCCUUUUACUUCCUUUCCUUCCUCUUCUUCUCCAUUCUUUCUUGUCCUCCUCUGCCCCCCCCCCCCAGGCUUGCCAUCCGUGAAUGCUCAAAUCCAUGGAUGGCAAGUCUGCAGACUCGGAGGGUGGACUGUAGAACAAAACAGGGAACCAAGGAGAGAAACAUCUUUCCAAAAGCUCCAGUAUUUUAAGCACUAUUAUUGCUGCAUUCUGUUUGGUUGGUUUAAAAAAAACUACACACAUUUUGUCCCUCACAGGACACUUUGUUUCAUCUCAAAUUUGAAGGCAUUAUCUUGCAUGGCUGUUUUGAACUGUGCUUGAGAUACCUUGGUUUUAAGAAAAUAUGCCUACCACAGAAAUUCUGAAUAAGUUUUCUAAUUUAGUAUGGACGCAGAGGUCUUUUAAAAGGAGCCCAAAGGGUUCAUUCAAGCCUGGAGCCAGGAACUGAUUGAAGGGCAGCCAGUAGCUAUGCAAAUGCCUGAUGAUACCAGCAGCUUUAUACUGAGAAAGGGAUGUUGAUAAGAACCACCUGUCAGGAAGAUGAUGUUGCUUGGAAUAUAGUAUUGUUCCCAUCACUUGGGCAUGAAGGAUAGAAAAUCCACUAGGCUGUUUUUUUUUAAAUUAAAGUUGUUCCCCGGCCUUUCCAAACUCCUUAUCCAAUUCUCCCACAUGCACUUAACUCUCCCUCCCCAGCUCUCUCGCUCUUUCUGGUUUGUUAGGUGUUUUAUAGUAAUUCCCUUUUGUUCCCCCCCCCCUUUAUGUAUGUUUACAUAAUGUAAUACCUGAAGGGCAUUACCUGUCUUUUCUGAAACCUUUUAAAUGCCACAAAUGUAGUCUCAGGGAUCAGGACAUCUUUAUGUAGUGCCCAGUUAUCUGCAUUGAUCUUCACUUUGCAGCUCACUCUGUUCUGUUUUGCUUUUGUCUUGUUCUUAACAUUUUAACAUGUAGCGGAAACACACACAAAACAACCUAAGAUUGUGGGAAGGUUUAUCACAUGCCUCUCUUUUUCUGGGGAUGGACAGAGACAGUGAAAAAUAUCUGGGAAGUCUAAGAGACUGACUCAGCAGCUGCUUACUUGCAUUCAGAGAAAGAAAUAUGUACAUCUACAAUGUUCUUCUUCAUUGAAUGGCUAUAAAACAUAUGAAUUGUACUUCUCAGAUUGCAUGUUUUCCCAGGUUUGUGCAGAAAUGGCUGCAGUUGUGUGAAAUGAAUGCUGAUUCUAUGAAAUGGAGGAAAAGGAAGUGGAAAGAAGGGUGACACUGUAGUUCUGUUUGGUUCAAUUGACAUUUGGGAGCUGAAGUAUUGGAAGGAUGCAGAUUGCAGAAGCAUUAGGCAUAUACAUCAGGACAGAAGCCAAAGUUUUGGAUGGUAUAUUUCAAAGCACUAUGUGAACUUUUGGUUCCUUAUCACCCAGUGUUCCACAAUGUGUCGUAUCUAAUGGUAUUCCCCCUUUAAGCUUGCCUUCCCCCUUGAUUUUUCUUUCAACUACCUCCUUUCCCUCUUUUCCCUAAACUGCCAUUUAUUCCAAGCCUCCUUUCUUGGGACUAGCCUGCUUCCUCUGAUACACCACCAUCUUAGAUCUUUCUCUUCUCCUUAGACACAGUACUGUCUCUUUGCUCUGAUGGCUUAACCUGUACCAUCCAGAACCCCCAAUCUAAAAAUAUGAACAAGAGGUAGCCAUAGGUCUGGAUUGCCCCACCUUCAUCUCUACCUUCAUCAAUCCCUUUCAUUCAUUGCCUUAUAAAUGCCAUGUCAUGUCUAAUUUUUAAGUGCAUUUUAAGACAUUUGGCUCCAUCCUACUUUCUUUAUUCAGUUCUCGUACCAUGUGAUUCUUUUUUGUGCUCUGCUGACCAAAACACACUGAAGCAAGUGAAGGUGGUUCGUUAAAAUCAAAUUAGUACAAAUAAGGUAUACAUUUCUGAGGCCUCCAAGUUUAGAAACUUUUUUGAAACUUUUUAAAUUUUUUGGAAGUGAGGAGAAGCGGUGGUGGUGGGGGGGGGGGGCGUAGCUGCCUAAGGUCCUGUAAAGAGACAAUGCAGCCACCAAUCCCUAGCAGCCACCCAUCUCUGAAUUAAAUGAAUCAGAGGUGAACCCACAAAUGAGGCUUCUCACAGCCAUUGACUUGCUGCUGUGGGCCUUCUGAGCAACCUCCAGUAGGGAUGAACAGUUCUGAACAGUUCUGUCUGCAUUGGAUGCAAGUUAAAGAUUGUCAGAUUGCUCCUAAUACAGAAAUGCAUCACAACUGAUCAACUCCAAAGUGGGUUGCCUGGGUUUCUGGACCAGGUGGGGAGCAACUCCAGCCCAUGGGUUUUAUUCAAUCCAUAGGAAGUCUCCAGUUCUCCAUAUUCCUCCUGGCUUUAUUUCUGAAUAGUGAGGCUUAGAAAGUUUAAUUCCCAUGUGAGGGACAUUUUAGGUGGGUCGGUGGAUGAGGUUCACUGUGGUGAAGAAGAAGAAUGUUCUUCAAUGCUGUAAAAAACCCUAAUUGGUGGUCCCUUCAACUACAGUAAGACUUUUAAAACGCUUCCAUUGUUGUCACAGAAGCUUUGUCUAUGAACAGGUCUGAGUAUGUAUGAAUGUGUGUGUAAGAAUGAGUGGAUGGGCACACUUUGGCUUUGCUCAUUGCUAUUGUGAAAUUUUGGUGAACUUGCCUGGAAUCAAUCCAGGGCCAAAAAUGGUUCCUUGCUCAUGGUGUAUAAUGGUGGAGUACCAUGUCACUGUCCAGAUGUUGCUGGGAGUAAACAUCUCAGCAUUCCUCAGUACUGGCUAUGCUGUUGGAACUCACUGUCCAGCAACAUCUGGAGGGCUGCAGAAUUCCCCAUCCCUGCUAUAUGUUCUGCCUCUCUGGACUUAACCUAUUCUACUUGGCAGGCCUACCCAUAUCCAGAGUCCCAAAUAAACAGGGAUUGGGCUCCACUGAGAUGGUGUACUUGUCACUCUUAUGCUCUACUGUACAGAUAAACAUUUUGGGGAUCUACGAGGUGAAUGUGUCUCUACACUUAAAGUCUUGAGGCAUUUAACACAUAUUUGUGCAAUCUGGAUCUGCAUGUAUUGCAAAUCAAUACCUUGUGUUUGCACCAGUGAGUAGUGGAAAAAAGGAGGAAUAAAACCACAUAGUCUUUUUCAUUUUGACAUAUUGCCCCAAGAGUCUUCUCAACUCCAGCUGGAGAAAAAUGUCUAGAACAUGAAGCCGUUUUUGGCUACUGGAUAGCAGUCAGCUGCUAGGAAGGCUGGUUUACAUCAGGCAAACUUGGAAAGGUUACUUUUUGGGUCUACGUAAUGAUCAUGCUGACUGUAAUUCUGGAAGACAUAAACCAAAAUAACAACUAUUCCAAGCUCUGAUAACCAGGUCAUACUAUUGUUUUGUCUACUUCAAUAUUACCAGUGCUGACUCACAGCAACUGUCUAGGUUUUCACUCCAGGAAAUGCUGGGGAUUGAACCUGUGGCUUUUGCCAUGAAAAGCAUCUACAGUUGGCCCUUCUUAUGCACGGAUUUUUUUAUACGUGGAUUCAAGCAUACAUGGUUUGAAAAUGUUCAAAAAAAGUGUAAAUUUCAAAUAUCAAACCUUGA